AUGUUAGAAGGGACGCGCCGGUGGUUCAGGCGCAAUCGCACCAGAUUCGCGGUCGGAGCAGGCACGUUGGGGCUGGUCUAUCUGGCCGGACAGUAUGCCUGGAGCAAAUGGCUCGAGGCGCGCCAGCGCAUGGCCGACGAGAGAAUGUCCAAGGAGAACCUUCGCCGCCGCUUCGAACAGAACCAGGAGGACUGCACCUAUACCGUGCUAGCCUUGCUCCCCACCAUUCGAGAGGAGAUAAUCAGCACUCUACCCGUCGAAGACAUUACCAAUGAGUUACAACGCCAGCGAUCCGAGAAGCUGUCCAGGAGUGCUGGCCAGUCUGAGGCUGCCUCCUCCGACUUCCCGUCGGCACCUGCCAGUACAAUGGACGACUCUGCGAGCAUGUCCAGCUUCCAGACAGGCAGCUACAUUCACGCAAGCCAGAUGGUCGACAGUCAAGACGGCAAGUCGCUGUUGAAGAAGAAGACUAAGGCACAACUCUGGAACGACAUGAAGAUUAGCUGUGAGUCGCCCGUUGAUGCUCAAUGUUGCAAUCCUGCUAAUGUCGUGCUCGCAGCCAUCACGAGAUCUCUGACUCUACUCUACACCCUCUCGCUCCUCACCCUCCUGACGCGUAUCCAACUGAACCUCCUCGGCCGUCGAACUUACCUCUCUUCGGUCGUCUCUCUCGCCAACCCUCCGACGGCCACCGACUCUACGCAUAUCUCCAUGGAGAAUAACGAUGACGAUAACUACGAUAACGUUUACGGCAAUGAUUUCGAAACAAACCGCAAGUACUUGACCUUCAGCUGGUGGCUGUUACACAAAGGUAGCAAACAGAUUGUCGACAAGGUCAGCGCCGCUGUCAAGGACGUCUUCGGUCCAGUCAACCCACGCGAAGACAUGACUCUCGAGCGUCUGAGCGAGCUCAUUCUUGAGGUACGCAAAAAGGUCGAGGGUGCUACCGAGAGCGAGCGACGCGAGCACAGAUGGCUGUCAUACAUGCUUCCUCCUCGCGAGGAAGAAGACUUUGUCCUGUCUGCAUCAGGCAUCGACGCCAUGUCUGCAUCACCCGCACCGCAAGACGUAUCACAGGACCCUAUGCUCGCAGCAAAUGCUGCUUCGUCGAAUGCAUCUCUUCGCCGACUGCUCGACGAGACGUCAGAUCUCAUCGACUCCCCUACCUUCACCCAUGUCUUCACUCAAGUCCUCAACGCUACCUUUUCCCAUCUCAUCGACUACCGUGUCGCAACCGAAGCUUUCAAGAUCAGCCCGCCAGCACCAGACUCCAUGUCACGUAUCUCUGAGAUCAGUGACAAGAAGUGCAAGUUUGCUCAGACCCUUGCUGUCUUCUGUCGUCAAGCCCACAUUAUCGCUGCCGGUAGUAGCGAGCCUGACGAUCUUGUCGUUGCAGAGUCUGCAGGUUCCCAAGUCAACGAGUACCUUGCUGCUAUCGAUCAAGUCAAAGACCUUGAAGCUUUCGCUGCCGUCAUCUAUUCCAGCAACUUCGAGUUUGAGGCCGCUGAGAAGCAGCAACUCGAGGUCAACGCUGCAGCACCUAUCGUGCCUGUUGUCGAACCGGCUCCGACAUCGUCUCAAGACUCCAAUGCACCAUCACAAGCACAACCUGGCGCACAAGAGCCUGCAUUGUCCCUUGAGGAAAUGAAUCACGCGUGGAACCGAUCCCAAGCCCACGACUCCUCGGCUCCAAAUGCUCCGAGCUACAGUGAAGUGGUCCAAGCUCCUGCACCUGAAACGUCAUCUUCGCAACAUCACGAAACACAAGAGUCACAGUCAACUCAAGAAACAUCAACCACAUCACACCAACCAGAGCAGCCAAAGACUUAUGCAAUGGCAGCAGCUGCAGCAACUACCAUCCCACCACUCACUCUCAUCGUCGCCACUACCGCCAAGAAUGGCAUCGGCAAAAAUGGAACCUUGCCUUGGCCUAUGCUAAAGAAGGAAAUGGCAUACUUUGCCCGCGUCACCAAACGCGUGCCCGAAGCCGCUUCCAGGCCUGACUCUUCCAUGCUCGCCGAGACUGCGUCCCAAUCGUCCGACUCUUCCGAAGUGGCAACAAACGCAAACAUCCAAGAUCCGCAAAAUGUUGUCGUCAUGGGUCGCAAGACCUGGGAAAGCAUCCCACCUAAAUUCCGCCCUCUGCCUCAAAGAACCAAUGUCGUGAUCUCGAGAUCGGAGAACCUUGAGGGAGCAGGUGAAGAUGUCAUUGUUGGCAACUCCAUCGUCUCUGCCCUCUCUUCACUCUCUACAAAGGUCAAGCAAGGUCAAGCAGCACCUCUUGGUCGUGUCUUUAUUAUCGGCGGCGGUGCCAUCUACAAGCAAGCUUUAGACAUGGAAGAAGCCAAGAGUAUUCUCCUCACUAGAGUUGAAGGAGAGUGGGAUUGUGACACCGACUUCCCUGUUGAUGUCGACGCUGAGCAAGUCUGGACCAGACGGCAGAAGACUGAGCUUGACGAGUUUGCGGGCGAAGAUGUGCAGCAGACCCAAGAGGAAGAGGUCAAGGGCGAGAAGGUGAGAUAUGAGUUUAGAUUAUAUGAGAAGGUGUGA